AUGUUAAUAAAGGAGAUUCUGUUGGCUUUGGAAAAUUUAAUGCCUCUUGUAAAUACUGUACAAGUAAAUGGACACGUGGCGAAGUUGCAAAACUUGAGGAACAUCUUGCCAACCAUUGUUCAAAAGCCCCUGCAACAAUUGUAAGAAAAUAUCUGUCCAAAGUGUUAGAACGUAAGGAUAAAGCACCAAUUAAGAAAAAGAAAGUUGAAAAUAGCCAACAAACCAUUAUUACAAAUUAUCACGAUUCUAUAGAACUUCCAAAUGCCAGAAUUACCAGUAUUAACCGUGCUCUAGCUAAAUUUUUUAUUACAUGUGGUAUAUCAUUUCGAAUAGUGGAACAUCCUUUUUUUAUCAAUUUUGUGAAAGAGCUCAAUGCUGGGUAUGAACCACCAUCAAGAGAAAUUUUAUCAGGUCAAUUACUUGAACGUGAGUUAUCUCAAGUAAACUCCAAGGUUAAAUCUGAAAUUGAGAAGGAAACCAAUCUAACAUUAGGUUUGUUAAAAAAUUAA